GACUUUCCUCCAUCAUAUCACUUUUCUUACCUCUGCUUUCCCAUAAUAGUUUGUCCUCUUUCUCUUUUCUUUAACUCUUUUUAUUUCCAUACUUCAAACUAGUAGUAGUAUCAUUUCACUCCAUUCCAACAUGUACCUAACUUCAAUUUUCUUCAAAAAAGGUAACUGUUUCUUUCCACUUAUCACAUCAACAACUACAAACAUGCCUUUCAUUUUUACUUGCUUUUUUUUCUAAUUCUGGAAAUGCUUCUUGUGGUGAUUAUUUGUUCCAUUCCAAUUGUUAGUUAGGAUAAGCAGAUUCAUAACGACGCGAUGAUUCCGAAUUUGAACUUGGAAGCUGAAAAUAGCUUAGAAGUAAGCAGUCAAGUAGGUUCCAACAUUUACUUCCAAGAAACAACAUCUUAUGAUGUUACCAAAGACAGUGCAACAACUUCCUGCCUUACAAAUCUUCCAGAUUCUGUUUCCCUUAACCUGUCUCUCAGCUUCGAUCCGAGCGAAGAAGAUUUCAAGGAAACAAGCGACACAAACAGCGAGGUUGUAGGAGCUGAUCAGGCUAAUAACACCACCGCGUCAGUGCCACCGGUUCAUAGAGUUUUCUCAUGUAACUAUUGUAAGAGGAAGUUCUUUAGCUCACAAGCCUUAGGCGGACAUCAGAACGCUCAUAAAAGGGAGAGAACGAUGGCGAAGCGCGCAAUGCGAAUGGGAAUGUUCUCUCAGAGGUAUUCAAGCUUAGCUUCUUUACCUCUUCAUGGUUCUUCUUCUUUUCAUUCUUUUGGAAUUCAAUCACAUUCUGCAAUGCAUAAUAAUCACAUGCCAUCGUCGUCGUCGUCAAUGAGGGCUAGUGAAAUUCGAGCUACAGCGAAAUUCGAGAAUGAGUAUUUUGGAGCAGCGCCGAUGUUUAUGCAGCAUAACGAUAACGCGGGUGUAUUUUGGCCUGGAAGUUUCAGACAGAUAGGUCAAAGUGUUGAUGCUCAUAAUUCAAAUUUGAAUACUGGUUUUGUUGUAGCAACAGAACCUCCUCAACAAACAUCUACUGUAUCUCCUGAUCUCACUCUCAGGCUUUGAGAUUUUUGUAUCUUGAAUAAACUUAGCUUUUUUGUGGUAGUAAAUAACUAUAUGUCAUGUUCAUUGUCUUUGGAAUGAAAUUACUGAUUAAUAA